AUGGUGCACCCCGAUGUUUUCCCAAAACAAGUUAUUUCUCCGAAUGUCCAAGGUGUUGUUGUGAAGGUUGUAGAUGUUGGCAACAAAUUUAAAAACGGGCAAGAAUUUGAAUUUCGUGAUCAAAUGCUUCAAUGGAUUCAUAUGGAGGCCUCUAAACUUGAAUUUGGUGUGGUUAUUGGAAGGUCCGAUAAUGGUUCAAAUAGAAGAUGCGCUUUUGUGACAAUGACAUGCGAAAGAAGUGAAAAAUAUAUAACUUCUCUCCGAAUUUUUAAAAGAGACGACAUCGGUUCAAUAAAAUUCAGUCAUCCUAGUGUGUAUCGGCUCAUGCCGGAAGAGAAAAAAUAUGUUGCUGACAUGACAUUGAACUUGGUUCAACCGAAAAAUAAACUUGCAACAUUGAAAUGGAAAAGACCCGGAAAUAUAUCAAAUAUCAAACAAGUGUAUAAUAUUCGAUACCAAACUAACAAGGCGCUUAGAGGGGAUAGAACUAAAAUGCAACAACUCUUGAAACUGUUGAAUGAUAUCAGUUACUGUAUAGGUACCGAACGUGCGAGGAUGGAGUUAUUACUUCCAUUAUUGGAGAUGGUUGGUGUUACCUCAACUAAGAAUACAUAUUCUGUUGGAUUUUCAUAUUUUGAGUGUGAAAAAGAGGACAAUUUUACUUGGGUCUUAGAGGUGUGUCGGACACUGUUGAAGGACCAAGGUGAGAUGCCUAAAGUUAUUGUUACCGACCACGAUACCGUCUUGAUGAAAUCGGCUGCAAAGGUGAAGGAGAAAAUUAUUUGUGCAUGGACUGAUAAUGUUAGACACCUUGGAAAUACAACAACUAAUAGAGUUGAGUUUGCUCAUGCUACUUUGAAAACUUAG